UGCUUUUCCAUCACAAAGGUUCCUAUUUCUUCUCCGCACCCUUUUCUCUGCAAUUAUCAGGAAAAAAAAAAAGGAAAUACAAGAGAGAAGAAAAGAAAAAGAAAUCAAUCAUCAUCAUCAAAUCCGGGUAUUGGAAAAUUGGACGGUGGAUGUGGGCCGUUGAUCAGGGGAAAUGGCGAAACUGUAUGUAAAUGCUGUGCCCCCGACCGAUCUGAACAAGAACACGGAAUGGUUCAUGUACCCAGGCGUGUGGACGACUUACAUCCUCAUUCUCUUCUUCUCAUGGCUCAUCGUUCUCUCUGUCUUCGGCUGCACCCCUGGCAUGGCUUGGACUAUUGUCCAUCUCUCCCAUUUCUUGGUCACUUAUCACUUUUUUCACUGGAAGAAAGGAACUCCAUUUGCUGAAGAUCAGGGUAUUUAUAAUAGUUUGACUUGGUGGGAGCAGAUAGAUAAUGGCAAGCAGCUCACUCGCAAUAGGAAGUUUUUGACUGUUGUUCCUGUGGUGCUGUACUUGAUAGCCUCACAUACAACUGACUACCAGCAUCCGAUGCUCUUCCUCAACACUCUCGCUGUGUUUGUGCUGGUGGUUGCCAAGUUCCCAAACAUGCACAAGGUUCGUAUUUUCGGAAUCAAUGCGGAUCAGUGAACAGCAGUGUAACCAAAAAGAUGCUUAGUUUUAUCUGUAAAAGCCUUUGAUCCUUUUACUAAACGGUUAUCCCUGUACAGAAGCCAGAACUGAAAGGGUACUACUGUCUUUGAUAAAUGAGAAUUUAUGCGGACUGUUUUACAAGCUCUGUUAGAUAUAACAAGAUCAAAGAAAAAGUAUAUUGAAUUUCCCUUUGUACA